UUGAAUGUGACUUCGAUGGGUCGGAUCUGGACAGCUAUCAACCACAUUGCCGUAUCCAUUUCGCUCGAGCAGCUGGAGUUUAUGACCGAUGCCGUCACAUCUACACAAACGAGGAUCGCUCUCUGAGUAGUCAAUGCGCCGAUGGCAGAUCAACCCAGGCCAGCUUGGAUGUCCAAACGCGCUGUAGGCGCGGUGCCAAAACACAACAAGGCCAACAAGGGAAACUCAUAUACUGGUGGAGGUGAGCCCAACAGCUGACCCAGGAUGCAAAGCGACAGCGACUAGAGCUUGUGGUAGCGCUGGCCAAUCUGAUGCUUAGCGACGAGGCGGAGUUGCGAGCUUCGAUCGGCGCAGUGUGCGACACGUAUCUGGUCCUAUUGUAUUCGGUAACGGUACAACUCAUGCUCGAGGUGGAGCAGUCCUUCAACGCGGAGGCGCAAGCCGAGAGAGACAUGGAGAGGGACAAAUAGAGAGAAGGAAGAGAGAGCGGAACAGGACGGGGAUCAGGCAUUCGAGAAGGAGCGGCUUUGCAUGUUUCACCUUCGAGUUGCCUCGACCAAGGGCGCGAACUUGGUGGGGCCGGAGCAGGAGAAGGUCCCCGCCCUGAAUUUCUGGGAGUGCCUGGUGCCGAAGGCCGAGAACCCCGAGAUGCUGGCGGAUCACAUCCGCUGCUGCAAGGGCCAGCAGCGGAAGACGAAGAACGGGGGGGCUCGUAGACAUUUCAGUUUCUGCUGUCGCACGAGGCCCAGGAGGCGGCGCAUCUUCUUCAGUUUAUUCGUUUAUGCUGAAGCAGGAGGGCGGCAUCAAGACGAUCCGCGGGGCGCCCAGAGAAGUUCAGGUUCGAGAGGCGCGGCGGUUGCUCGACACCGUGCAGUGAAUGGUGUUGGUCGUGGUCGUGUUUCCUCCUCUUCGGGCCCUGUGGGUUUCGACAGGAGAAUUAGUGCGUGUGCCAUGGCACUUCUGAGGGCUGGCCAGCUUUCGGAGGACGCGACUAGGCGCGUACAGGGCCAAUCCCUCCCCAAUUUUGUUAUUGUUAUCCCUCCCAAUGUCAGCCCCCCUCCUGGUCUUAAUUUUCCCUCCCUUCUUCCACCAAUUUGUGUUAGUUUCAGGAAUGCCCCUGGAAUUGGGCCUACGGUUGAGCUUUCACGUCUUACCCCCGACCGUCAUGGGGCAUGUGUUGGACGCGGAAAAGGAGCUGCUAGGGAGGCUUCGUGAGGGUUUGUGCUCACUGGUAUGAGCCUCUCCCUGAGGUCAACUUAGUGGCAUCUUUUCCUUACGCGAAGCGUGAUUCAGGCAAGGUGCUCCCCGAGGAUGGCGCGAAUUGUGGCAGUCGCUGGGCUGCGCGCCAUUGGGCGCGCCUCUGGGUCUGUGCCAGCCUGCUUGCAAUGCUGGUCAGCGCGCAGGUCGCCCCCACUGCCCUA